AUGAUUAGCGAGCCGGAGAUCGCUCCAUCCCAACUUGAUCCGGUCACAGAGGACAACCAGAGAAUCAAACCCAACGAACUACCGGCCCGACCGCUGCGACCCCUGGCCCCGAAGCCCGUAGACGCGGAGCCAAUAGAACGACCGACCACACCAUUGCAAACCCCACCCCUGACUGGCAACCACACGGCCCGAUGGAUCCGGGAAAUUCAGCACCUAGAGGCUCGUGGGAUCCACCGACAGCACCCUGCGCAAGAGGCCCGUCCGGAUCCUCGGCUCUUUGUUUUUCAGGCCCGUCAUAUGGAGGACGAUGUCACACCAUGGCUACUGUAG